UAUUAUAGCUUCAUGUCUUUAGCAUUUCUUCGAUAAUAUAUAUAGAUAUGUUAAUGUUUAAUCAACUCCAUUAGUUAAACGAAAGAAGUGAAGCUCUGCUGUCACGCGCCGAUUCGCGCCACUUUAACAUUCGAACAUAAAUAACGAACAUAACGAAUUAACCGUUAUCUGCGGUCCGAGUUUCUCCGUGAAGAUGAGUCAAAAUAGCUCAAGUGGCCCAGAAAAGUUGCCCAGAAAGUCACGGUUUUCGGCCCUUCGAGCUGUCCUAACAGAAAGACGACCGGUGAACGUCGAAGGAAAUGAAAAUGAGGAAAAAAAGGAAGUUAAAACCAACAAAUGGGUGAUACACCCUCGGAGUCGCGUCAGGCAUUACUACCUUAUGUAUAUGGUGAUCUUAACAUUCGUGAACCUUAUAACAAUUCCUCUAGACAUGGCAUUUUCUGAGGAAAUGCUUGAUAGUGCCCACAAAUACUGGGUGACCUUCAAUGUAUUCUCAGACACCAUGUUUUGUCUUGAUGUUGCCAUUAAUUUCCAAAUGGGGAUUUUCAGUGACGACGGUCAGGCCAUCCUGGAUCCAAAAAUAAUUAGACAGGAUUAUUUCAAAUCUUGGUUUGGUCCUGAUGUGGUGGCUGCCUUUCCAGUUGACAUCAUCAUUAUUAUUGUGGAGCACUUUUAUCACGCUGACACCGCUUCACUGAUGGCCUCCAAGCUGGUGAGGAUACUCAUGUUCGCGAGGAUUUUCAGUAUGAUCCGUUUACUCCGUGUGCCGAAGCUUCUGAGAUUCUGCUUUGAGUUGGAAAGUGUCUCUGACAUUCAGCUUGAAGAAGUCAAGAAGUUUUUCAGGGUUUUUUUCUUGUUCCUGUUGAUAAUCCUCAUCUGGCACUGGAACACAUGUGUGCAGUACUUCAUAUCUCUACUGGAGGAAUUUCCCCCAGACUGCUGGGUCAUGCAAGAGAAUAUCAAGAAUGCCACAAUCGGAGAAAAAUACUCCUAUGCUUCCUUUAGAGCGUUCUCUCAACUGGCCUGGAUUUCAACUAAAUCAAUUCAAUCACCGACACGUAUGGCAGAACGAUGGACGGCUGUUGUUAGCAUGGUGAUUGGAUAUUUAAUGUGUUUUGCUCUUGUCGCCUGCUUGAUCGCAACAGUUGGGAGCGUGUCUACGGCUGGCAAUGAAUAUAAGAAAAAGAUCAGCCAGCUGCAAUCCUCCAAAAUGUUCAAAAAGCUGCCUAGGAUGUUGCGCCAACGCACCACUGCCCAGUACAAGUGGCAGUAUGAUAAGAAGAACAUCCUUGAUCUGGUGUCAAAACGGCUGAGAAAGGAUAUUAUGGCAGAUAUGUGUCCCAACCUGCUGAGCAAAGGCUCCAUGUUUAUGAUGCAAGACAGAGAAUUCACCGAAGCCAUCUUGGUGAAGUUGGAGUACGAGUUAUUCAACGCAGGAGACAUCAUCAUUCAUCAGGACGCUAAAGCUGACAACAUGUUCUUCAUCGAGCAUGGACGGGUGCUCAUGAAGAACGAAUAUUUCCAAAUGGAGCUGUAUGAUGGAGAUCAUUUUGGAGAGACCAGCUUCCUGUUUGGUGGAAGGCAACUGGCCACAGUUUCUGCUCUGACCGCCUGCAGCCUUUUCUCCCUGUCGUUACAACAGUUUAAGGAGAUCGAGGAAGAGUUUCCACAUGUUGUGAAUGAGCUGAGGAGAGCAGCUCAAAUGCUUAAAAAUGACCUUGAGGGUGUUGAGCUGGAAUUUGAAGUUACAUCAACAUCAGACAGUGUGUGAGACGACAGACCAGGACCUUUAGCCAAUUAGUCAAAUGUUGGAUAAGAUUAUUUUAUUGUUUUACAAUUUCAAUUAAAUUUAAUUUUUUUAUUUUCAUGGGUAUUUUAGAUGCUUAAGCUGUUGUAAUUAUAUGACAGAGAUUUUUUGAAUAUUUUUUAAUAUGCUUGAUAAUACAUAUAACAAUGCAAUAUAGUAUAUCUAGAAAGUUCUCAUUCAUCUUUACUUGUCAUUUCUGUAUGAUUACAAUAUAUUAUCUGUGCACUU